AUGAUCUUUCGGAGGUCCGCGCAGAUCUCUUGCAGCGGCGCUGGAGCCAGUCCCCUCCGGCGCUCGCUCCCCCCCCCCUGGCGCGCGCCGCGCGCCAGGGAGGGGGGCCCAGCGCCGAUCCGGGAAGUCAGCGCGGACCUCCGACAGUUGAUGCUGGCGUCGUUGUCUGCUCCCCGAUGCCUCGCCCUCAGGAGCUGGUGCCCAAACAAGGACUCCCCCCUGUGCCAGUGUGCUGCGCCCUCCGCGGCCGCAGCUGCCCUGCGCCCGCCGCUGCCGCAGCGCGCAGGGCGGCCGCGGGCGGGGCGCGCUCGGCGCGGGGCACGCGGGGCGGCGGCCGCCUUCCUGUGA